GUGGGAAGAGCAUGCAGCUGUAGAGCUUCGAUUUGGGUAUAGUUUGCUCAGAAAAAGGCUUUUUCACACCUUUGAUCUGAUGUUGAACAGGGCACAUACACAUCAGCUGAUCAAACCACAGUGUCAGCCAGUCACAUUUUUUUUCCUUUGUGCAUCACAGUGCCUCUGUUAGGUGCUCAUAGAGCUGUCUGUCAGUCUGCAUCUCUGGUGGCCGAACUACAGCCCAGCUAGCAGAAUGAGAGCCCAGCGGUUGAACUGCGUGUUGGGACUGCUCUGCAUGUCUGCUGAGGUGAUACUCGGCAUGGGGACAGGUGAGUUUUUGUAAGAUAGAGAGAAAGCAGCUAAAGUUGGUUCAGAUCAGAGUUUAGAUUCAAAAUGCAAAUGACUUUAAAGGAGAGUCUGAGUCAUCCUUUCCUGCUUGAAGCCUUACUCCACUUCUGCAGUUUCUGAAAGAGCUGUAGUUCAAGAAAAAGGCUCUUAGUUGAUUUGCUUUUAAUGCUUAAUCAAAAGUACCCGCGGAGCAAUGCAUUCAAAGUUAAAGCCUUGUUCCAGCCAUGCAUAUUUAAGUUACUUUGAUUAAAAGUACCAGUUUAAGAACAAAACUAACUACUUGUUCAAAUUCAUGUCAACUUCAUACAAAAUCAAUUUAAAGACAAAAGAUGAGACAGUUUUAAAAAAAUUUUACUUAAAGUUUUGAGCACAAAAUUUUGCCCCUGGCAGUCACUGAUGACAUGAGUCUGAGGGUUUGAGAGAAGAAAAAUGAGACAGGAAAUUUGAUAAACAAUGUUUCAUUUAGUUGAUUGGUUUACAUGAGUUAAAACUAUUAUCCACAUAACAAUAAGAGAUAUGCAAAAAACCCUCCAGUGCUGUAUACAACUUAAGUCUCUAUAUGACUAAAAGAAGAAAACAAAAACUAAAUAAUGCAAAGAGAAAAGAAGAAAGUAAUAUUUUAUUGUGGUUUUUUAUGGAUGUGGUUUUGUAUUUGUACCAGUAUAAAUGUGUACUGGAACAUCUUACAUUGUCACUGCACUGUAUCAUAUUGCACUGACUUGGCACUGUAAAAUCUUGCACUGUUGCAGCACUGCAACAUCUUAAAAUCACACUGCACCUUUGUAUUGUCCACUGUCCCUGUAUUGGAACAUUUUGUCCUGUCGCAUUUUGCACUCUCUCUCUGCACUGUAAUAUCUUGCUAACUAACUUAUUAGACUGUAGCAGUCACAUCUACAACUGUUGCACUCUGAAAUCUAAAUGUGUUGGUGUCACUGCAACAUCUUUAACAAUAACUGCACUGUAGUAUAUUUUACAGUCACUGCACAGUAACAUAUUUUACUGUCAUUGCACUGUAAUAUAUUUUACUGUCAUUGGACAGUAACACCUUGGACAGUGACUGCAGUGCUAUAGAUAAUACUGUUGCUGCCUUGUAUCAACUCUCACUGUACUGUAAUAUCUUGCAAUGUUGCCGCACUACGCUACCCUGUACUGUCACUUCACUGUUAGAUCUUGCAGCACUAUAAUGUAUUGCACUGUAGCAGCCCUUUUGCAUCUUGCACAUUUGCAUUGUAAAGGUACUGUAGCCUCCUCAACUGUUGCUCGACUGUUACAUAUUGCUCUGUUAAAUCUGUACAUGUUGCUGCACUGUAACACUGUGUAGACACUUCACUGUAUCAUCUCACUCUGAUGCAGCAUGUUAACAUAUGGCACUAUCCUCAGUUUUGAUAGAAAAUGGAUCAUUGCACGCUGAUUAACCAUGUUAAAUUCUUGUUUUUGAGUGUUUCAUAUAAAUUUUAAAAUGAACAAAGGAAAAAUGAAAAAAAGAUCUGUACUAAUACAAUGACUACCUUUAAAAUGCAGUUGAAGAGUAAAAUUAGCAUAAACUGAAAACUUUGUGCUAACGCUUAAACCUUAGUUAAAUUCAGAUACACUUCAUCUCCCCUCAGUUUCUCAAGAACCCUCGUCCAUCUCUUUCAUGAGAGUGAACUCAUCUGCUGAAAUCACAUGCUCCACAUCAACGUCUGGCGCACUGGGCUUCUCCCUGCACAGGUACUUCAAAAAUAACGAGGAGAUUGUUUACCAGAACCUGAAAAAUGGAGAAGUCACCAAGACCACUAUCAAGGGGAAAUUUGAAGGCCGAAUCCGUGUAACUCCGGCCCCAAAGAUCCAUCAGGGCCAGGGGUUCAUUUUGCAGUUGUCCCUGCUGGGAGUGGAGGACACCGAUGUGUAUUUCUGCAGCUGGAGCUACCUAUCGACAAACACUGCGAUACCUCCGACCCAAUCCAGCAAAGGCACUGUUAUCAUUGUCAGAGGUUGGAAAAAUUAAUCAUGAGAAUACACUUUCUGUUUAUGCACACUGUAUUUUGUCCUUGGUUUAACUGUCCUCCCACUCCAUGUCCUACUGCAGAGAAAGACCCUAAGGAGCAAUGCAAGCAUCAAAUGUUGGAUCUCAUCUUCAUCGUCUUAAGUGUGACAGCAUUCAUUGUCGUACUGCUAUUCUUCAUUGUAGUGCUCACCAAGUGCAACCGAGUGAGUACCACUGCAGGCAAAAGGACCUGAUCCUGCUACUCUGCAAAUACAAUGACUGUGGUAAUACAACAGCUGUUUUUCUUUGUGUUUCACAGUUUCAUGCACAUUUUCGACCCACCAGAGCUGAAACAGCAUCCAGACCUGCAAGGCCUCAGCUUGACUCCACUCACUUUGCAGAACAUUAUCCUUAUCUGAUCACAUCUGCAGGAACUGUGGAUGACAGGCAUCCUGCAUUCAUGAGAGCUUAAAUGAUGUUGAUGUGAUGAGACAAAGAGUCUGAGGAAAAGUUCAGACUGACUGCACAGUAGAAGCUAUCAUAGAGCACAAAAAUGAAGAGCAGAGCUCACCUCAUGUAAGGUGUCACUGCUCUUCAUUUCCUCUCAUGUACGGAUGUAUGUUUUGUUUUCAAUAGGUGAUUGAACCACCACAUCCUGGCUUAUGCAGGGUAAACAUGUGAGAUGUAUUUUCAGAGUGUAAGUGGAGAAAAACUGCAAAGCAAGCACUUUUGUCAAUAUACUGGCAGAGUUACACUUAAGUUUCACCUGUUCAGGCUGUUCAGUGUGCUUAAAAGUUUUUUUGUUUGUUUUUUCAUUUUGAGCAUAUUUUUUGCCUGAUAUAAGAUGAGCAUUAAAUCUGAGUUUUGUCUAAUUUUCAUGUAUUUUACAUCUUCAGAUACUUUUUAAGUCAUCACUGCCUCUUUAUUCUGGAUGAGGGAGUCCAACUCUUCAUCGGUCUGCCUUCAUGUCACAAGUAUAUGCACAACUCUAUAAGUUUAAAUACAGUGGCAGUUUUUAUCUUCAGUCAUUUAAUUCAAAAAGAGCAACGUUCAUAUAUUUUAUCAUCCUAACAUGUAGAGGAAUUAUGAGCCAUUUUUGGAUUAAUUUCAGCUCAGAAAUCCAUUAAAUCAAAUUAUUACAUUUUUUCUCGAGGAAAAAAGAUUUACAAUACAAAAAUAAUGCAAAUGAGCACUUAGCUGGGACUCUUUCACCACAAAAAUCUUGCAUCAUUGUUUUAAAUGGAGGAUUCUUGGAUUCUGUGUCUCUCUGAUUUCCCUCUAGACUCUGGGACUUUGAUUUCUAAAUGAGAUGCUAGAUUGACUUUCAUCUGAACACAGAACUUUGGAUCACUGAGCAAUAGUCCUUUUUUUUUUUUGUAGUCCAGGUGAGACUCUUGUGACAUUGUCUCUGGUUCAGGUCUUGACAGCAGGACCACGACACUUGUGGUCCAUCUCCUUGACUUGGAAUGUAGAUGUUCUUGAUGCUUUGACUCCACCCUCACUUCCUCUCUUACUUUUCCUUUCUGUUGACUUUAAUGAAUCUGCUUCAUACAGACUCAGACAGACUUUUCAGCAGGGACCCUCUGUGGCUUACUCUCUUUGUGGAUGGAGUCAGAGAGCAUCUUCUGGACAACUGUCAAGUCAGCAGUCUACACCAUGACAGUUUGUGUAUACUGAACUAGACUGAGAGAUACAUGGUUAAUAGAAUACCUGUAGCACCUAUCCACAAUGCCAGAAUCACUAUUAAAUAGUUUGCUCACCAUAGACACCCAUUCUUCUGUCAUGUCAGUCGUCUUCAUCAUGAUUAUAGCAGCACUGAACCAGACUGAAGGAAAUGUAUCUUUACAUACAACAGGUCUACAAAGAAUAUAGACCUACCACAAUUUCAAAGUUGUCUUCACAUCUACAACAAAGACAAUUUUUAGUAGGGGUGUUCCCAUACAACUUUUUUUCUUCCAAUAAGAUACUGAUAUUGUAGUCUUCAGUACUUGUCGAUACUGAUAUUGAUCUGAUAUUGGCACAAACUUGUGCAUGACAAGUUUAGCACUCAGCUGCAAUGUCUUUUUCUGACUUAAAAAACACUGCCACGUGGCCGACUCUUUGCUACUUUGUUAGUACCUGGGUAUACACUGUUGUUGUGAUUGCAAUAGCCAAUAUAGUCUGAUAUUCGUUUUAUUUUUUUUUUCUGAUAUUGGACCAAUAUCCGACAUCAAUAUCAGAUCAGGACAUCCCUAGUUUGUAGAUAUUUCUCUGUUCAAACAACCAUGCAAGAACAGAGGCAUGCUGCCAUGCCUGUACACAGUAAAGUGUGUAAUCAGUCUAUUAUGUCAAACACAAUUAAAAAAACAUUGUGAGCAUCCU